AUGGCCGCCACGCGUUAUACUCACGUUGCCCUCGUCACCGGAGCAAACCAAGGCCUCGGCUUUGAGAUUGCCAAAAAGCUCACCACCGAGCACAGCGACUACCGUGUCAUCAUGGCUGGCCGGAGAAAAGAGGCCAUCGACAAGGCCGUAGCAGAGCUCCAAGGGGCCGGCCUCGCCGUCGAGGGCCUGCAGAUGGAUGUCACGUCGGACGAGUCCAUCACAGAGGCUGCCCGGGUGGUCAGGGAGAGGCACGGCCGUCUCGACGUUCUCGUCAACAAUGCCGGGGUGUUCCUGUCCGAGGACGGGUGGCCUCGCAAGGUGUUUCAGGAAACCUUUGACAUCAACGUUUUCGGGGUAGCCCGGGUCACCGAGACCUUUAUUCCUCUGCUAGAAAAGUCCGAGGUGACGAAGCGCAUCGUCAUGAUGUCGAGCUCGACCGGCAGCAAUGCGAGAUUGACGGACCCUUUAAAUCCAAAGAGAAGCUACUGGGCGUCGUCGUUUGCCAUCUACUCUACCAGCAAGGCGGCCCUCAACAUGCUGGCGAACGAGUACGCCACCCGGUUUGAGAACGACCCCACGUGGAAGGUCAACCUCAACUGUCCCGGCCAUUGCGCGACAAACCUGAACGACUUUGCCGGCAGGGACACGCCCCAGAACGGCGCCAUCAACGCCUGCCGGCUGGCGACGCUGGGGCCGGAUGGCGAGACGGGCACCUUCACCGACAGGAACGGCGUGGUGCCGUACUAG